AUGGUUUAUUUUAAAAUAAUUAACUUAUUAACGUUUCAACAGGAAGCAGACGAAUCAGACGAAGAAGAGCAGUGCGCCCUGAGUGAGAACUGGACUUUUCAGCCGGAAAUACGUCGCUGGAGCAGAGUUUCCGAAGUGAACAGCCAAAAGUUGGCAGCACUGCAAGCUGCAGCCGGAGAUGAGCGGGGACAAAGAGGCCCCCGUUAUCAGGUACGGGAGCCUGCCCCCUGGCGCCCUGUCUCCGGACUCGGAACUCCUGGCGGCCAAGUUCAGGCGGAGCGGGAGCGAGAGGCUGCGGGACGGGGCCAAGGCCUUCCUCAGGCGGAUGGAGAGCCUCAAGUGGUCGAUAUAAUUGGAAUGGAAAAGAGAAUGAGAGAUCUAAAUUGUGUCGAUGUAUCCCCACCCGACUCACCUUUGCAAUCUGUGAGAUCCAGAAGAUUGCUUGCUAGACCAGAACCAGAUCUAGGAGCACUUUCUGACUCUGAACUUCCUUGGAGGCAAACAUACUACAAAGAUGCCAACAGCAAUAACGCUAAGGUGCUCGAUUUUACUGAUAUUGAGAGGAGAGGUGGCAGUUGUAGGGAGCGCUUGUCACCGUCUUCAAGAAGUGUAAGCCUUACAAACACUCCUGACAGUAACACGUUCCGAACGAGGCCAUUCAGGAAACCCCCUGAAAUAACAGUGUUCAAAGAAAAUGAUAUUGAAAGUGCCGAAAGUAGCAGUGCUAUAGCAGAUAGUGAUAGUGACACACCGAAACAGAAGGGUGUAGUAAGAUGGCACAGUUUUCAGCGAGGGUCAGUACGACCGGAGUCAUACCUUGGACAGCCAGUCAGCUCCAUGUCCAGUGGGCAGCUGAUGGUUCUUAGGAAACUAGCGCUACUUAAGCUUACUGCCAUUAUGGAGAAGCAUUGCCCUUCUCAUAGAACAGGCUGGAACUGGGAACUUCCCAAGUUCAUGAGGAAAAUGAAAAACCCUGACUAUAAAGACAAAACAGUAUUUGGCGUCCCUUUAGCUGUUACACUUCAAAAAAGUGGUCAACCUCUUCCUCUAUGUAUUCAGAGUGCACUCAGUUGGCUAAGAAGUAAUGCUCUCGACCAGGUGGGUCUUUUUCGCAAGUCUGGUGUAAAGUCAAGGAUAGAAAAACUCAAGUCACAAGCAGAAAGUGGUGACGAAAUGGUAUAUGAAGGCCAGCAAGUAUUUGAUGUUGCUGAUAUGGUGAAACUUUAUUUCAGAGACAUUCCAGGAAAGCUGCUAACUGACAAGCUGUCUGAGACAUUCAUUGCCAUCUUUCAACGUGAGCAAUAUCAUUCAAAUGUUCCAGUUAAUUUGAGAGUUGAGGCUGUGAAGUGUGCAUUACUGUUGUUACCUGAUGAACAUAGAGAAGCGCUACAUGCCUUGCUUGUCUUCCUGAAUGAAGUAGCAUCACAUUCCCCUACAAACCAGAUGUCAGCUUCCAAUUUAGCACUCUGCCUAGCACCAAGUCUCUUUCCCGACUACACUGCACCAUCUAGACCUGCAUCUCCACGUCGAGGAGCCCCUGAUCCUAGGCAGCUGGCACAUAACAAGGCAGCACACGAUUGUCUAUUAGCUUUAAUAAAGAACCACAGAGAAAUGUUUACAGUCUGUGACGAACUGCUGGCACAAUGUCACUUCUCAUAUAUGGAGCAGAGCGUGCCAGUUGCUCUAGAAGAGCUAGGCUCAGAGCUGGCCCAGGACUGGCGUGGCUAUAUGUACGCAUGCACUACUGCUCUCCUUAAGGAGGCUAGGGAAAAGACUAGAGGCUGGAUAGCAGUAGCUACUGGCCAAGAGGGUGUUGAAAUGUGGUACAAAAAAGUUGGAGAUGGUCAUCCUCUGAGGUUAUGGCGUGUCAUGACUGAAGUUGAAGCUCCUCCUACAGAAUUACUGCACCGAAUUCUAAGAGAGAGAGAGACAUGGGAUCCUAGUCUGGUCAAGUGGCGUGUUGUUGCUCGACUUGAUCCCAAUGCUGAAGUUUUUCAGUUCCUUACUGCCAGUGUUCCUCCUACUCCUCACAAAGAUUACUGUGUUUUGAGAUGUUGGAGGACAGAACUUGCAAAAGGAGCUUGUGUAAUUGUUGAAACUUCAGUUGAACACCCUGAAGGCCAAGUUUUAUCCGGAGGAGUUCGUGGCAUUGUCCUGGCCUCCAGGUACCUCAUUGAGCCUUGUGGUUCUGGCCGGAGUAGAGUAGUCCAUCUCUCUCGUGUUGAUACAAAAGGAAGAACUCCUGACUGGUACAACAAAACAUAUGGCCAUAUUUGUGCCCUACACCUCUCGAAAAUAAGGAACUCCUUUAAGCACACAGCUGGUGGUCCAGAGAGUAAAGUAUGAUAUAGAUCACGAUCCCUCUCCAUCGAUGAUGCCGGAGAGGUGAAGCGCAUAGGAAGCGGAUUAUAUAAUUAACAUAAAUGCACUCUCAAUAUAGCUGAGUGCAUUGGAUAACAGUGUGUAUUUAUUUUUUAUUGGCUUUAAAAGUCAUAAGCGCCUUUUUUUUUAAGAAUAAAAAAGGUGUGUACCAUGUACCUGUAGAUAUUGUUAAAUAUGUGAAUGAGUAUUUUAAUCUGAGAAUGUAAGAGUUUUUUGAUUUUUAAUAUGAAGCAUAGUAUGAAUUAAUAUUGUUGAUAUGUGGAAUAUAUAUUAUAUAUAUAAAUGUAUUUUUGUACAGUGUAAAGUCAUUUAUUAUAUUUGAAAUGAAUAAUUUUAUGAUUGUAUUAAAAUACCAAAAAAAAAGUAUUUUAUUUACAAACAAAAUCAUUAUAGUUGUUGAUAAUCAAUAUUAUUUUUUAAAUUACUCUACCAUAGUUUAGUUUGAUUGUUGGGCGAUUAAAUUUAGAAGACAGUCUAGUCAUUAGUUUUUCUUACUAAUUCUUUUGUUUGAUUUUGUUUAUUACAUUUAAUAAUUAUAAUAUGGCUUGAAGGAGGUUUAAUUUGGUAGCUGAAACAUUCUCUGUUAACUUUUUAACUACAUGAAUGGCCAAAAUUCUGUAUUUUCAUAAGGUGUAACUUCAUUGUAAUUUUGUAGUUUUUUGCAGAAACUCAUAACAACAGUUUCAAUCUGAAGCCUGAAAAUUGGUACCAUUUUACUUUUAAAAUUUUAUAUUUAUGUUGUUUUAUCCAAGUAAUUAAAAUAUGUUUGUAUUUUUUUUUUUACAAAGAAGUACUAAACAAAUCUGAAUUUUUUCUUUAUCCAUUUUAAGCCAAUAAUAAAUGAUGUUCAUAGGUCCUAUCAGCGAUUGUUAGUAGUCAUUUUAUUGUAUAGCUCUUUUAAUUUUCAAAACUUCAAUAAUUUUUUUUCGCAACGUAAAUUCUAAUAGGUUCUUUCGCAGCUGCGAUCCUCCUAUUAUUAUCUGAUUAAAAUUACUUCACAUUAAUAUAAAUAACAAGUAUUAAAAUAAAAAAAGAUUAUCUAAAAAAUACAAUUAUUUAGAAGCUAAUAAUUUAUUUACUCUAUGGCUCUCUACAAUGUAAAAUAUUUUAUAUUCUGUGUUUUACUAAAACCAAGAUCCCUAAAUGGUAUGGAUGAAUUUUUUUUUUUUUUUAAUACAGUGGAUUCUUACUAUUAUAGUUGACUCUCAAUAACUUGAAUCUCAAAGGCAAAUGGAAAUAUUUAAGUUAUUAAGCUUUUUGACUAACCAAUAUUUUGAGGUAUUGAGGUCAAAAAUAACUAACUUCAACAUAAUGGACUUCAAAUGUACUAAAAACAUAUUCAACUUUUAAAUAGCCAAGUUCAUUAAACUUUUAUACAUUCCUCCGCAAGCAGUAAAUAAAUAAUAAUAAACAUAGAGUAUUAAACAAAAAGAUCCUUAUUCAUUUUGUGAUUAAUGCAUUACAUAUUUAUUCAUAUACCUAUUUUAUAUGUACAUUCAAUAAUUCAUUUUUUAAACUUAUAUUGCUUAUUUUUCCUUAAAAUGUUUUCCUAAGAAAUAUGGAUUCUUCUUUAAUAAAACAGAAUUGUAUCUUCAAAUGAAUAACUCUACUUAUACUCUGGAAUGCUUCCUUUUUCUACGGAAGUUUAGAAAAACUUUCAUUCACUUUCAAUGAUGUUCAAUUAUUCUAUUACUUCAUACUCAUUUUUUCCUAACCCACAUACUUGAAAUAGAUUAGGAAAAUACAUUGUUGUUAAAUUUCAAAUUACUGCUACUGUAAUGAUAACGUAUGACCUUUCAAAAACAGGACUUCUGUCGACACUUGGAAAAGGAUAAUGAUUUAAAUAGUUUUCCUGAUCUUGUCGACUUUUUAACAAAAUUUCCACUUCCCAUGAUCUGCCCAUCAUGUGUAACCAGUAUAAUAUUACAUCAUUUAGCAGUUGAAUAAAUGUAUUGUGAAGAUAAUAGGUUUAUGAUUAUAACCAGAACUAGUUAUUUAUUUAUACUCAUAAACCAUGUUAUAGCAAGGAUCCACUGUAUUAAUCUUACAAUUUGUUCUUUCAGUUGUAUUAUUUCGUUGUUUAAUUUAAAUGAUAAGUCAGUAUUUUUAAAUAAUGCAACUUUGUAUACAAAAAACAUUAUACAAUAUUUACUUGUGAACCUCCUUGUGAAAGUGUAUAGUAUUCAAAGCUUCCUAAUUGCACAGUGGUUAGUAAAGAUGAUUAUCACAUGGUGGUUUGACUGUGUUUACCCAUUUUUUAAAAAAUUAACUUGUGUCAGUAAAUUUGUCAUUGGUGCUGUUAUUUUCAAUUCAGAAGCCAAUUAAACUUGUAUUUUUGCCCAUUGAAUAGAACCUCAGGGAUAUUGUUUGUGUAUAUAUUUAUAUAUAGGUUUUCAUUUAUAUAUUUUAUUAGGUUAUCAAAAAUAAUUAUGAAUUCCUCUCAUAUCAUAAAAUAUUUUUUUAUUUAAAUUUACAAUCUGUUGGAAGUGUUCAUUAAAUUACUGUGUACUGUAUUCAGUUCCAUUCAGUUCACUGUAGUCAUCAGUAAUAAUUUCUCUUAAUAGUGGAUUUGGAAUCCUCUGUAACUUAUGAUCAUAAUGUUCACUAUCCUAUAUUUAAAAAAAAAAAGGUAUGUUUUCUGUGUCAUUGAUGUUUUAUUGAUAAUGGACAGAAAACACAUUAUGCAAAUAAAGUACCCUAGUUGUUGAAAAAUAUCAAAUAGGAACAAUAAUAUGCGAUAUGAAAUUGUUCAUCAGUCAUAUUAUCUUUUUGGAUGUAGUUUUAUUAUAAAUAAUAUGAUAAAAGAUAUGUGUAUGUAAGAGAUAUUUUUAUUGUAAUUUAUAUGAUAUGUGUAUUGUUUAUAUUAAUAUCUAUUGGACUUGAAAUGCAAUUUUAUUAACUUUUUUUGUGUGUAUAUAUCACAUAUUGGCAAAAUCUAUUAUUUAGAUAUCACAUAUAGUCUGUUUAUUUUUUAAAUGAUCUUAAAAUUUAAAAUGUUAAUACUGUUAAAUACUGCCCACCAAAGUUAAACCUAAUACGAACUGCUUAAACCAAAAAUAAAGUUAGUAUUGUGAAACUUAUUUAUUUAAUAUUUUUUUCAUUUUUGUUUUUCUACUUAUAAUACUUAAAUCAUGAUUUUUUCUGUCUUAAUUUAACAACUCACUAGUCAUUGAUUUAUUUAGAUUUAUAGAAACUUACCCCUUAAUAUUAUCUUAAUGUGCUCAUGUUUUUCCUAAAACAACAGCAUUUUAUGCUUAAUCUCCAAUAUAGUUUAGCAGAAUAUUUCAGUCAUACAUAACAAAAAGAGAAACAUAAGCAGCAACAUUACUGAUUUUAAAUACUUCAGCUAUUGAAAAACUAAUAUUUAUUAACUUCAUAAUCAUAACAUUUUAUCAUUAGUCUUGAUUCUUGUCAAUAAGUAUACAUAUAUAUUUUUUUUCAAGCAUAAGAUUAUUCAUAAUUGUACUCUUAUUGCAAAGCAUGCUUUUUACAAUAAACAACUUCUCUGUAUUUUGUAAACAACUACUCUAUAUUUUAUUACAUAAACAUUGAACUACUUGACACAUUGCUUUGACAAAACUUCCUUUUGAUGAUCAGCUUCUAAAUUUGAAAACUUUAAUGAGAAUCUCUGAAACAUCUAUCAUAUAAGCAUUACUUAGUUGUGGUAAUAAUUUGUGAGCCUACCAUGGCCAGAUUUGAACUGGCACCGUUAGACUUAGGGUUACUAACAUUAUGACUAUAACAAUCUAGACCAUCAUGGCCUCAACUUGGUAGAUAUCAUGUUGUAAUAAUCAUCUAUGAUAUGACAAUUCGCAGCUAGUAGACAUAUAUAUCAUACCAUCAUCAAACGAUCCAGUUUUAGUGUUGUUAUGAGAUCACCUGCCACAACAUGAUAAAACACAUCUACCAUGCAUUCAUAUUCAUAAUUUAUUGCAGUGAUUUUGUUUUUAGUAUAAUUUUGUUCUUACAUUGUAAAUAUAAACCAUUACAGAUUUUAAAAUCAAAUAUUAUUUUAUAUAACUUACUUGAAAUUAUGAAUGGAAUAUUUUAACAGUUCAUAACAAAUACAAAUAGUUGACUAAGAAAUCAACUUCUUGAAUGUUGGUGAUAAAUUUUGUUGGGUAGCAUUUUAAUUCCAUUCCGAAUUCAAAUUAAUAGCCAAUUCAAAUUUUGUAUAUUUAUAACAUUUUUAGUCCAAUUGAUAUCUUUAAAUGUACAGAAUACAUGAACUAACGUUAUUUGUGUACUAUGUAUUUACAAAUUUAAACAUUGUAUAAUUUCCUCGUGUAGAUUAUUAUUAAUUUAAGUUCUUUAUACCAAUUAAUUGAAUUUUUCAACUCAUUUAUGAAUUAUUUGUUCAUAAAUGCUAUUUGCACAUCUUUUAUUACCUUUAUUUUCAUUUCUUCCCUCUUAAAAAUUCUUUUAUUGUUUACCUAAUAUUAGCUAAAAUCUAUAAAUUUUUUCUGACCAAAUUCAAAACCAGCAGGGACCAAGAACAUUUGAAAUGUUGAAAAAUUCAUUAAUUUAAUUUUUAUACAUUGUCUUACGAAGUAAAAAAUAUUACUACAUCACAUGAGACACAUCACAAAAAUUACUGUUUUGUUAGGACCAAGAGUUACCAUUAAUAUUGGUUUUGUAAAUAAUUGAUAUUUAUGAGGUUAUAUAAAUAUAUAACAGUUGUUUAUACCACUAUUUGGAAAAUAUAAAUGUUCAUUAUUUA